AUGUCCAAUUUAUUAAACAAGUUUGCUGACAAGUUGCACGGUAACGAGCACGAUGAACGUUACGAAGACGAUGACGACAGCCAGACCAGGCAACAACGCCACGAGCAACAUCAACAAAGAGAAUUAAGAAACCAAGGUUCUAAGGCUGACCCCUACGGUGACCAAAACCAAGGUAACUUCCCUCAGCGCCAACAGCCCCAAUCCGGUCUAGGCGGUAACAGACAGGUUGGCGGAAACGACUACCAACAGCAAACCACUGACUACACUGCAGGCAGCGGCGGAGGCACUUAUACUCAGACCUACCGCGAGACCAACACUCAAGGUCAGUUAGACGACGAAGAAGACGACGAUUUCUUGACUUCUGGUCAACAGCAAAAGCAAGGCCGCACAAGAGGUACCCAAGGUAACCGCUACCGGUCUUCCAACACUGGAGGGCGCGACUCAUCUGGAUCAGGAAACGACCAAUUCGGUGAUGACAGCGGAAACCAGGGCUCCUGGUAG